GCCAAUAAAAAGCUCAUUCUAGUGAAUUUUUGCUUCAGUCAAGCGCGAUCCACACGAGUGGUUGAAUCAAAAAUUGGGAAAAAAUGGAUUGGCGCGUUUUGAAAAUUUUCCUUUUUCUCUCCUAUGCCGUUGUGUUGAGUGCAAGUAAAGUGAAUUCAAGUGAAGAGGAUUCCCUUUACUACUGGUGGCGUGGUGAACCAACUCCAGCACCAACUUUGGUGGAAAGUGAUUCAGAUCGGAAGCAUUUUAGCUCACACUAUCAAGGAUCACGUCCAUCAAAGCCCACAGUCCCUGUAAAGGGUGCAGGGCCUGUUCCACUCCCAAAUCCAACCCCUAAAACAUGCCCAAGGUACGAGGAGUACCACGACUGUGGCUCUCCGUGUCAAGUUGAAUGCUCAAAUCUUGGGCAAAAGUGCAAUGUGAAGAAUAAGAGGUGCAGCGAGGGGUGCUACUGUAUUCCAGGAUAUGCACGAAAGAGCCCCAAUGGUCCCUGUGUGCCACAGUACAAAUGUCCACAACCCUUCUGCCCGGUGAAUGAGGUGUGGCUGGAUUGCUUCCAAGCACCUGCAUGCGAUCGCGAAUGUACGGAGGUGGGAAAACAAUGUGACAGCGUUGGGAGUUCCUGCAAUGCUGGAUGCUUCUGUCGUCUGGGCUAUGCUCGUCAUCCCAGCACCGGAGAGUGUAUUCCCACCAGCAAGUGUCCUACUUCGAAUCCCGUUUCGGAGAAAUGUCCCUGGAAUGAAGUUUUCCAGCAAUGUGAAUUCCGCUGCACUGAAAGCUGCGACACAACCCUUUGCAGUCGAGUGCGGCAAAUUUGCGAGAAAGGAUGCUUCUGCAAACAAGGAUAUGCUCGAAUUAAUGGGAAAUGUGUCCCACAGGCCUCGUGCAGUGCUCCAGCAUGCCCAGACAAUGAGAGAUUCCUCGAAUGCGGAAAUGCGUGCACUGAAUCCUGCUACAAAGACGUUGCCAGGUGCAAACCGUGCGACAAAUCCGGAUGUUUCUGCAUUGAAGGAUACGCCCGAAUUGAUGGGUUCUGUCGUCCUGAAAGUCAAUGCCCUAAUAAGAAAUGUGCAGCAAAUGAAGUUUACUCCGACUGUGGAACAAGUUGUCAGGAUAGUUGUGAUCCAAAUGUAGUUUGUGCACAGGUCUGCCUAAAAGGAUGCUACUGCCAACCAGGAUAUGCACGAGUUAACGGAGUUUGUGUGCCACGGUCAAAGUGUCCAACCCCCCCACCACCACCAACUUGCAAAGCAAAUGAAGUUUAUUUGGAAUGUGGAGGAGCGUGUCAGGAUGAUUGUGAUCAGCUCAAACCCUGCACAGAGCAGUGCGUAUCAGGAUGCUUCUGUGAAGAUGGGUACGCAAGGAUAAAUGGGAAGUGCGUGCCAAAAUACAAGUGCCCCGUUGAAUGCCCUGAGCACGAACACUACGUACCCUGUGGCAAUAACUGCCUCGAUAGUUGCGACAAAGAUCUCCUAGACUGCUCAUCUGACUGCUAUCCAGGAUGCUACUGUGAUGAUGGUUUUGCCAGGAUUGAUGGGAAGUGUGUGCCAGAGAAGUACUGCAAAAAAUGCAGCCUAAAUGAGGAAUUCCUAAAAUGCGGCAACGCUUGUCAAGACUUAUGCAAUGCAUCCGCUACUCAGUGCACUGAUCAAUGUGUAGCCGGUUGCUUCUGUCAAGAAGGUUACAGCCGUAUUAAUGGAGUCUGUGUACCACGAAGCAAUUGCUUCAACUGCAACUCUGGCGAAGUGUACACACAGUGCGGUAAUCCUUGUCUUGAAAGUUGUGACCGGAACGUACUAUUCUGUCCAGCUCUCUGUGAAGAAGGCUGCUUCUGUGCUCCCGGAUUUUCUCGUAUUAAAGGACAAUGCCUUCCCAAUGAACUCUGCCCAACGUGCGGUGAGAACGAAGAGUAUCAAAAUUGUGGAAGUCACUGCCUUGAACUAUGCGGACAUCCUCCUUGUCCUCUGGAUAUCCCCUGCAACGGUGGUUGCUUCUGUAAACCAGGCUUCAAACGACUCGGGAAAGACUGUAUUCCAGAAGAUCAAUGUCCAGCUCAGUGCACAAAUCCCAAUGAAGUUUACUCCGACUGUGGGAAUAACUGCACUGAUCUGUGUCCUGAUCCGAAUAGAUUUUGUACACUUGACUGCUACAGCGGGUGCUUCUGCGCUGAAGGAUACAGUCGUCCCGACUAUAACAGCCCAUGUAUACCAACUGAUCAAUGUCCUGCUCCAACUCCAACAUGCUCUGGCAAGCAUGAAAAGUACUACGAUUGCGGCAAUUCAUGCUUCGAUGAUUGUCCAGAUCCUCAGAAAAAAUGCGAUCUUGUAUGCCAAAAAGGAUGCUACUGUGAGGCAAAUUAUGUUCGACUAACUCCUGGUGGUCCCUGUGUUCCUGAAUGGAAGUGUCCUGUCCCGUGUGCAAGACCAUUUGAAGAGCUUAAGGCCUGUGGUAAUAACUGCACCGAACUCUGUCCACGUCCUGGUAGGGCUUGUGAGAAGGACUGCUGGAAAGGUUGCUUCUGCAAGAAAGGCUACUACCGCGACAGGUACAACGGGAUUUGUAUUCCCGAAGCAAAAUGUCCACCUCCACCAAUCUGCAAUGGACCCAACGAGGAGAUUCGCGAUUGUGGUGAUGCAUGCGAUGACAAUUGCCCCGGUGGAAUCUAUUUCUGCCCAAUUGACUGCCAAAUAGGAUGCUACUGCAAGCCUGGCUUCAAGCGUGUUGAUCCUGGUGGACAGUGUGUGUCUGAGAGUCUGUGCCCUCCGGUAUGUUCAAAGCCGAAUGAGGAGUACACUGAAUGCGGAAACUCUUGCAGAGAAAAAUGCCCAAGUACCAAUACAUUUUGUCCAGAUAUUUGUGAGCGAGGUUGCUACUGUAAAGAAGGCUACUCCCGUAUCAACGGUGAAUGCGUUCCAACGUCGCAAUGUCCAAGCGCAUGUCCUGAUCCCAAGGAGAUUUACAAAGAUUGCGGCAGUCGAUGCAAGGAGCAGUGCAACAGUGAUAUCUGUCCUGCAGUCUGCGAUGUAGGAUGCUUCUGUAAACCAGGCUACUCCCGUCAAGACGGCACGUGCAUUCCUACAAGGCAAUGUCCACCUAUGACAUGUUCGGGAGAUAAUGAAGAAUACACAGAUUGCGGCAAUUCGUGUUCCGAACAGUGUGGAAAUCAACUCUGUGCUGCUGUCUGCCAACCAGGAUGCUUCUGCAAAGCAGGCUACAAACGUGUUGAAGGCGUUUGCGUUCCCAGCUCAUCUUGCCCCACAUGUGGUGUAAAUGAAGAGUACACGUACUGCGGAAGUGCCUGUACUGAUCCUUGUGAAACAAGGGGACAAAACUGCUAUGAUGCUUGCAAAGAAGGAUGUUUCUGUAAAGAUGGCUACAGUCGUAUAAAGCCGUACACUCCAUGCGUACCAGAUAGCCAGUGUCCAAGCAAGUGUACAGGUCAAAAUGAAGUCUUCACUAAAUGCGGCAAUAAAUGCAAAGAGAAAUGUGGCAGUAAACUCUGCCCAUCAAUUUGUGAGACUGGUUGCUUCUGCAAACCAGGAUACUCACGUCAAAGUGGUGUGUGUCUACCAACAAGUCAGUGCCUACCGUUAACAUGCUCAGGAGAGAACGAAGAAUACACAAACUGCGGAAGCUCCUGUUCGGAGCUUUGUGGAAGUAAACUCUGUGCUGCGGUCUGUCAACCAGGAUGCUUCUGUAAAGCCGGCUUUAACCGUUUAACACCUGAUGGUCCUUGCGUACCAAACAGCUUGUGCCCAAGCAAGUGUACGGGUCAAAAUGAAGUCUUCACAAAAUGCGGCAGUUCAUGCAGAGAAAAAUGUGGCAGUAACCUCUGUACUCAAAUCUGCGAGACAGGUUGCUACUGCAAACCCGGCUAUUCGCGUCAAGACGGAGUUUGUAUUCCAACAAGUCAGUGCCCAACAACACAGCAAUGCUCAGAUCCAAAUGAAAUGUACACACAAUGCGGCAAUUCAUGCAGAGAAAAGUGUGGCAGUAAACUCUGCUCACAAAUCUGCGAAGUUGGUUGCUUCUGCAAACCCGGAUAUUCGCGGAAAAAUGGAGUUUGCAUUCCAACAAGUCAAUGCCCAGCAAAAGAAAAGUGUUCGGGACAAAAUGAAAUCUUUACCAAAUGCGGAAAUUCAUGCAGAGAAAAAUGUGGUGAUAACAUUUGUCCAACAAUUUGCCAGGUUGGCUGCUACUGUAAACCAGGAUAUUCGCGUCAAGACGGAGUUUGUAUACCAACAAAUCAGUGCCCGACGACAGAGGAGUGUUCAGGAGACAAUGAAAUCUACACAACUUGUGGCAAUAGUUGCCGAGAAAAGUGUGGAAGUGGAAUAUGUCCCGCAAUCUGUCAAACAGGAUGCUUCUGCAAGGACGGCUACAGUCGUGCCACUCCAGAUAGUCCGUGCAUUCCAACCGAUCAGUGCCCAGCUACAUGCUCUGAUCCCAAUGAAGUCUACACAAACUGCGGAAGUUCCUGCAAAGAAAAGUGUGGCAGUCGGAUAUGUCCAGCACUCUGUGAAGUUGGCUGCUUCUGCAAACCAGGCUACUCGAGAGUUAAGAAUGUUUGUGUGCCAACAAAGAAAUGCCCUACUUGUGGAGUAAAUGAGGAAUACACCUACUGCGGAAGUGGCUGCACUGAUCCGUGCUAUCUGAAAGAUGCUCUCUGCAAGGAUGCCUGCCGCGAAGGAUGUUUCUGUAAACCUGACUACAGUAGAAUAAGUGAUGGGACUCCCUGCGUACCCGACAGUCAAUGUCCUCCCAUUGAUGGAGGCUCAACAAAUACAACAUGUGGCCCAUACGAAGUUUACACUGAUUGUGGAAGAGAUUGUCAGACCCAGUGCGAUACAAUGGGAGUAAAAUGCCCAAUAGUACACAUAGUAUGCCCCAGUGGAUGCUACUGCCUGCCAGGAUAUGCGAGGAUCUACGAAGGAGGAUGCUGCGUACCACAGGAUAUCUGCCCGAGCUCUCCCUGUGGUGACAAUGAGAUCUGGUUGGAGUGUGGCGAUCCUCCGCAGCCCAUUCCAUGCCCGCAGAAUUGCCUGGAAAGUCCCACGAGGUGUACGAGUGCUCUGCCAUCGUGUGACUUACCCGCCAAGGGUGCCUGCUACUGCAAACAAGGAUACGCCAGGGCUCCAGGAAGCACCAAAUGCGUCCCAAUUGAGGACUGUAGCUCCUACCCAUUGAAAAACUAAAAGGAACCUUUUGCUAAAUUCAAUAAAAUUCGUCAAAGAAUUUGCUGCAUUGGUGAAAUCAAUAAAAAAAUUAAAAUUCUUA